AUGAGUGCUGAACACGACGGUCUACUGGGACUUCGGAGGAAACCCUCCUCUUCGACCUCUUCGAGCCUGAAAAGAACGGUCUUGCUCGGUAUGAGUUUGGCUCUGGGCUCAAUGGCUUGGUAUUCGAGAAAUAGCCAGGUGACCGUCUUCAAGACGCAGGAAACGUCGGGAUGCCAAAAGAUUGAGGCCCUGGCACCAGACUUCGACAAAUCAAUUGAUCUGAUCUUCAGGGAUCCGCAAUUUCGCCAAGAGUCCCAAAAAAAAUUCAGUGGUGCCUUGCAAAUUCCUACCGAAAUCCAGGAUUCCAACCCACAGCCAGGCGAUGACCUGGACUACUACACGGAAUUUUUCAAGCUCCACAGCUACUUGUUUGAGACUUUCCCGUUGGUGCACAAGCAUUUGAAGCUCGAGAAAGUCAAUCACGUUGGUCUGCUUUACACCUGGCAGGGAUCUGACGAAUCUUUAAAACCUAUGAUGUUGACUGCACACCAGGAUGUCGUUCCCGUCAACCGUCAGACGGUGAAGGACUGGACUUAUCCACCUUUUUCGGGACAUUAUGACAACGAAACUGACUAUGUUUGGGGCCGUGGUGCAGCAGAUUGUAAAAACCUUUUGAUUGGUGAAUUGGAAGCCGUCGAACAACUCUUGAAGGACGGAUUCGAACCAAAGAGAAGUGUUCUCAUUGCGCUUGGUUUUGACGAGGAGUCAUCGGGAAUCUUAGGUGCGCAGACCCUAAGUGAAUUUCUAUACGAACGAUACGGUGACAACGGAAUUUACUCGAUCGUCGAUGAGGGCAAUGGGGUCACUCCACUUGGCAACAAUCUUUACGUCGCCGCUCCUAUCACGGGCGAGAAGGGCUACUUAGACGUUGAGAUCAUAAUACAUGGAGUGGGUGGUCAUUCUUCUGUUCCCCCAGACCAUACUACUAUUGGCAUCGCGGGCAUAUUGAUCAAAAUGCUCGAGUCUAACCCAUUCACACCCACCUUUACCACCAAAAAUCCAUUUUACGGUUUCUUGACGUGCGCAGCCGAACAUGACAAGAAACUGCCAGGUGAGGCGAAGAAAGCCAUCUUGGAAGCUCCCUUUGACUCCAAACAAAGAGAAAAGAUGCUGGAGUUUGUUAGCGCGGACAGAAGCCUCCGCGACUUGCUAAGAACAUCUCAGGCAAUCACCUUAAUUCAAGGUGGUGUGAAGGCAAACGCCUUACCAGAAGUAACUUCUUUUUUGAUCAAUCAUCGUAUUGACGUUACUUCAUCCGUUGACGAGACUAUAGAAAGAGAUUUGAACCACGUUAAGAAAAUCGCUGAACAGUUCAACUACGGUGUUGUAGUAGCUGGAAAAGAGAUCAUUGCUCCUACAGAACUGGGCUAUAUCGAGCUAAAACCCGAGAAAGCUCUAGAGCCAGCGCCGCUCAGUCCGGUGACAAACUCCCAAGUGUGGGAUCUUUUCGCAGGUACUAUUCAGAAUGUGUUUGAAAAUGGCCACUUCAAGGGCCAAUCUGACGUUGAAUUCUACGUAACGCAGUCUCUCAUCUCCGGGAACACAGACACAAGGUAUUAUUGGCGUUUGACGGAAAAUAUCUACCGGUUUAUGGCUAUGAUUGUCGAUAAGGACAUGAUGCGCACGAUCCACUCAGUCGAUGAGCACAUGCCGAUGACAUCUCAUUUGUCCACCAUAGCCUUUGUUUAUGAGUACAUUGUCAAUGUCAACGAGAAGGCUUAG